UGACAGCUCAUCAUGCCUGUCAUCUCCCGCCUCGUGUCUAUCAUCCUCCGCGUCGCGGAAAUUGCAUUUGCGGCUGUUGUCGCCGGCAUAAUCGGCCACUACCUCGCCGACCUCAACAACUCCAAUGCUGAUGUCGACUGGUGGCCCCAGUCGCGAUGGAUCUACACCGAAGUAAUCGCCGGCUUAUCCAUACUCUUAGGCCUGAUAUGGCUGAUCCCAUUCUCAUCCGGCUUCUUCUCUUGGCCUUUGGAUGUCCUCAUUUCAUUCGCCUGGUUCGCUGCCUUCGGUGUCCUCGUCGAUACGCUCCGUCACUUGCCUUGCGGCAGUAUCUGGUCCUGGCACUUUAGGGGUCAGCAGAUGUGUGGACGUUGGAAGGCAGCCGAGGCUUUCAGCUUCCUUUCUGCUAUUAUCUGGUUGGUUUCUGGGCUUGUGGGUAUCUGGUUUACCUUCCGUGUUCGCCCUUCUACCACUGAUGGAACUCGCCGCCGUCGCUGGGGUCGCUCUGCCGUCUAAUUAAACUCGCAUGAGAUAUGAGGUCUGCGCACAGUCAUUACAAGAAAUGCUUUCUCUAUUUGGUUGGAUGCGCCAGAUGCCAUUGAACAUCGCGAUUUCCAUCAUUUUAUGAUAUCCUUGCU